AUGCAUCACAAACAGCAACAACUUUCUUUGUCGACUCGUGUUGAUGACAACUCCACGUUGUAUGAACUUGUCGAUGAUCUAUGCAAAGUGGUAGACCAGAAUGAGCAGUUAAAAGACAAAAUAUGGGAUCAAGUUGAUACAAUUUCGAGCACAUUAGGAGAAUCCCGUGGGAAGGAGACUGAUACGGGCGACGACAACAACGAUCUGAAUCAAAUGCCAAGCGCUUUUAAGUACAAAGAACAAUACGAGACCCUUCAGAAAUUGGGUUUGACGGAUCAACCAUCCUCUCAUAAGAGCAAGAAUUUGAUCUAUCAGAGUUUGAAAAGUCUUGUUCGGAAACCGGUGACGGUAAAUAAAAAGAAGGAAGACCAAUUGGAACGAGAAGUUGAACAAUUGAAGAUGCUUUUAGGGGAUAGACUGGACUAUAACGGUCAGUUGCUGAAUACAAUCGACGAAUAUGAGAAUCAACUCAUAGAAAUUAUGGAUACGAUGGCUCGACGUCAUACCGAUGUAAAUACGGAGCAGUUGAAAGUUAUGGAAGGGUUUAAAGAAGAACUCAUCAAAUUGAAAGAGGAAAUGUAUGGAAAGUAUAAGGAUUACACGAAAAUCGAAGAGCAGGGCAUAAUGCUUUAUGACUGCGUUGAUAAGAUAGCCGACUACUUGAAGACGAUAGAUCUAACUUCGAAAUGA